AUGGAGAAAACACAUGCCAUGUAUUUAAAUGCAGCAAAAGUGAAGAGACCCUUUGCUUUAGAGUAUUGGUGGAGGGUAGUGAAGGAAGAGCCCAAAUGGCGUAAUCUCUACAUGGAAGAGGAUCUGGGAGAGAAGAGACACAAAUUGGACGCAAGUGGUGCUUACACGUCAUCCUCAGCGGCCGACAGUGAAGGAACAGACAGAGUUCGUGAACCACGUCCUCAAGGAACAAAAGCUGCAAAGGAGGCGAGAAAAUUGAAAGGAAAAGUUAAAGCAAUAGCAAAAGACAUUUCAGAUUUUGUGCCAUUUCAUAUAUCAGAAGAUAGCUCUGAGUUAUUGGGUGAAGGGCAUGGUCGUAAAGCAGUUGCACUAGAAAAAUGGGCUGAAGCAACAACAGCGAAGGCAGGGGCAGACAAAAAAAUGGCUGAAGAUAUAAAAGAAAUGGCUAAAGCAAGAAAAGAAAGAACAAAGGUUGAUAUAUUCAACACAUAUAUGGAGCUGCUGAAAGUUGACACUUCAGGAUUCAACGAUGCGCAAAUGCAGCGACAUGAAAAGAUGGUGGAGAAUUUGUGCAACAAGUUAGAUUGA